GCUCCACAGACGCCCCUCCAACGCAAAAUGAUCCUCACAAAUUGCGCCGCCUGCGCCGCCCCACUGGCCCACACCGCGCCGCGAUGCGUUAGAUGUUGGACGAGAUAUUGUGACUCAACCUGCCAGCAUGACCACUGGCGCCGCGGCCACAAGCAGAUCUGCAAGAAAAUACACCGCGGUGGCAACGCGGAACAGUAUAAUGCAGACAAAAAAUACAAGGAGGCCGUCGCAGAGGCCGUCGAGGCGUGCGCGGCCGACACGAAGGGCCAGACGUGUUACAUCUGCACGCAGGCCCUCCACUGGAAGACGAAGGAGGGCCUCGUGCGCGGGUGUGCGUGCCGCGGGACGGCCGGUUUUGCUCAUGUGUCGUGUUUGGCGGAGCAGGCGAAGAUAUUGGUGGCGGAGGGCGAGGAAAACAAUUUGAGUGACAAGGUGAUGAAUGAGAGGUGGUUGCGGUGGUCCGACUGUAGCCUCUGCAAGCAAAGGCACCACGGCGUCGUGGCGUGCGCGCUCGCCUGGGCGUGUUGGAAAACGUACGUGGGGCGGCCGGAGACGGAUGAGGCUCGGAAAUUGGCGAUGGGGCUGCUUGGGAACGGUCUAUUCGAUGGAAAACACUACGAGGACGCGUUGUCCGUGCGAGAGGCCGGGUUGUCUAUGCUGCGGCGCGUUGGCGUAUCAGAAGAGAGAAUUCUCGUAACGAAGAGCUGCCUUGCGAUUACGUAUGCAGAGCUUGGACACCUUGAGAAGGCCCUAAGCAUGGAACGAGACAUAUACUUCGGGCGUUUGAAGCUCGAUGGACGAGAUAAUCAAGAAACCCUCCGAGCAGCCAACAACUACGCGUUGUCCCUUGUUCGUCUCCAACGCUUCGAAGAAGCUAGGUCUCUGCUGCCCAAAACGAUACCUGUGGCGCGGCGCGUUCUCGGAGAAGGACAUAGACUCACUCUCAAGAUGAGGUGGAAUUACGCGCAAGCUCUCUACAAGGACGUCGACGCCACGCUCGACGAUCUCCGCGAGGCCGUGGCCACGCUCACGGACACGGAACGGAUCUCGCGGCGCGUGCUUGGCGGCGCGCAUCCGCUCACAGUUGGGAUUGAGGACGCCCUAGAAGUGUUGCGAGCAGCCUUCCACGCCCCGUGA